AUGAUAAGGAAUAUUAAAGGACCAGAAAAUUCUGCUCCACAUCCAAUUAAGUUAUUAACACUUAACACUUGGGGCUUAAAAUUUGUUUCCAAAUUACGGAAAGAAAGAUUGGAAGCUAUAGGUGAUAGAUUAAGUAAACCGACUUCGCUUGAUGAAGAUUAUGAUAUAGUAGCCUUACAGGAAGUAUGGUGCGAAGAGGAUUGGCUUUAUAUAAGUAACAAAUGCAGAGAGAGAUAUCCAUAUAGAAGAAUAUUUAAAUCAGGAAUUGUUUCAGGGCCAGGACUAGCAAUUUUAUCAAAAAUUCCUAUAGAGUCAACCUUUCUAUAUAGAUUUCCAAUUAAUGGAAGACCAUCAGCAUUCUUUAGAGGUGAUUGGCUUGUAGGUAAGAGUAUUGCAAUCACAUUGUUAAAGCCACAUACAAAUGAUUCAUUACCAAUUGCUAUUUUGAAUUCACAUAUGCAUGCUCCAUAUGCUCAGACCGGUGAUGCAAGUUAUUCCUGUCAUAGGGCAUGUCAGGCAUGGGAUUUUUCAAGAUUUGUUAAUAUGUUAAGGAAGUCUGGAUAUGCAGUAAUACAAGUAGGUGAUUUAAACUCCAAACCUGGUUCGUUACCAUAUAAAUUGUUCACAGUUGAUGGAGGGUUGAGUGAUUCAUGGGAAAUUUGUCAUAACAGUAAAAAUAGUUCAAUAAUUGCACCGGAAGAUAUUGCGACUAUGGAUCCAAAAGAGCAAAUACUAGUUGGGGGUAUUACUUGUGAUUCCCAAUUAAAUACUUGGAGAGCACACAGAGAGAGAUGGGAAGCAUGUAGGUUGGACUAUGCAUUAAUCGAUUCUUACAAUAUCAAACCUAUUAACGCGAGUGUCAAAUUUACCGAUAUAUUACCACCACCUUUGAAUUGUUCUUACUCUGACCACUUUGCGUAUAGUACAGAAUUGGUAAUAGCUCUGAAAGUGGACUAUCAUUAUAACGAAAACUCUGAGAACAACAAUGAAAAAUUGAAGGUUUACCAAGAACUUCUUGAAGAAAUUGGACGUUAUCAAAAGUAUACCAUACCUUUUCAAGCAAAUUGGAGAAAAAUGCAUUUCUUUUUAUCCAUUAUCGUGGUAAUCGCUAUACACGUAGGAAUAACAUUUGCAUCAGAGAAAAAGGCAUGGUCGUCAGUCUUAUUACUUUUCUUAAGCACUGUUGUUGGAAUAACAGGAGUCAUCAAUGGGAUGAUUUGGUAUUUUGGAGUCAGGUCUGAACUGAGAGCUUUACAAGAAGUGGAAAUGGAAGUCGAAGAUGUAUAUGCGUUGAUUAAAGAUGCAUAG